CUGGGGGCCUACUAACUAUCUAUCACUUUACCCGGACAUUGCCGCGGAGUCACCCUUCAAUCCCGCUGACUGAUAUCAGGCAGAUCCAUCCACAUCUCUUUGCUCCUACUACCAUGCCACCUGCAGAGUACUUCAUUCGCCUCCAACACGGUAUCGUGGGCGGCUUUGCCCCACCGACGCCCGACUCGGUGUACACGCUGACCAAGACCUCGGGGCUCUCCAACAUCAGCAUCACGACGGCCGUGCGCCCCGACGGGACGCCGGCUCUGCAGGACGGCGCGCCGACGUCGCUCGCGGGGGACGCGCCCAGCACGGACACGCUCGUCGACGAGCUGUACGCGAUCCUGCAGGCGAUCCCGGUCGAACAGCCGACGGGGAGCGAGGACAUCUACGGCCUGAACACGAGCAUCGCGUGGGUGAGCGAGGGCUUCGAGUGGUUCAACGGCGGCCCGGCGGGGACGACCGGUGGGACUAGUGCGGUGCAGCCGACCGAGGGGGAUCGGGCGAAGUUCAAGCGCGCGGUGGAGAUCGUGAAGGAGCUCGUUGGGGAGGCGAAGUGAGGGGGUGAUGCGGCCCUGGGAACCUCAACUGUACAAUUGUAGUAUCAUUCUAGCUGUGAUCAAUUAUGUUGGCCGUGCAAUUCAGUCAUAGCCGCAUUUCCGAUGCUCAUCUCCCCGCCCGGAGCAUCGUCGCUCCGAGUUACACGCAUCUAGCGGACUCAUCGAUUCAGCUCGAACGCGGCUUCAGAUCUGAUAUCCGGACCUAGACAUAGCCUUCACAUAACAAACUCCG